CCUAGUGCCUGGCAGUUGUAUUUUUCCGGCUGUGGGUGGGUUUGUUCAGGAAGGAGUGUUUAUCUUUUCCGAGUACGCUCCUCCCUGUUUUCUCUUAUUAAGUUUCUUUUUUUUUUUUUUCUUUUUUUUUUUUUUUUGUUUCCCCGUUUGGGUUUGUUUUUUUUUUUUUUUUUUCCCCACUCCGGGCCUGCCCCUCGGGCCGCCUCCCACCCCCGUAACUCCUCCUCUCAUCCCCAGGAGUCACAGCCGUCCCCGCUGGCCCUGCUGGCAGCCACCUGCAGCCGCAUCGAGUCUCCCAAUGAGAACUCCAACAGCUCCCAGGGCCAGCAGGGCGGGAGCGGCGAGCUGGACCUGAACGCAGCCGCCGCCCAGCUCACCCAGUCGGCCAACGGCUGGCAGAUCAUCUCGGCAGGCUCCAGCACCCCCACGGGCUCCAAGGAGCCGGGCGGCAACGGCGGCAACGGCGGCGACGCCUCCAAGAGCCGCCCGGUCAGCACCGGGCCCUACGUGGUCACCUCGGCGUCCGGCCUGCAGAACCAGCAGGUGCUGACGGGCCUGCCGGGCGUCAUCCCCAACAUCCAGUACCAGGUGAUCCCCCAGUUCCAGACCAUCGACGGGCAGCAGCUGCAGUUCGCCACCACCCCGGCGCAGGUGAACGUGCAGCAGGAUGCCUCGGGGCAGCUGCAGAUCAUCCCCGGCUCCAACCAGCAGAUCAUCACCAGCCGCGCGGGCGGCAGCAACCUCAUCGCCAUGCCCAACCUGCUACAGCAGGCCGUGCCCAUCCAGGGCGUGGGGCUGGCCAACAACAGCCUCUCCGGGCAGACCCAGUACGUGGCCAACGUGCCCGUGGCCCUGAACGGCAACAUCACCCUGCUGCCGGUCAACAGCGUGGCCGCCAGCCUGGCCCCCACAUCCCAGACGGGCACCCUGAGCAGCUCGGGCUCGCCGGACAGCAGCUCCCAGCCGGCCACCUCGGGGGCUGCCAGCAGCUCGGGCAGCACGGCCACGUCCCAGGCCAGCUCGGGCGCCUUCUUCACCAACGCCAACAGCUACUCCACCACCACCACCACCAGUAACGUGGGCGUCAUGAAUUUCUCCACCAGCGCCACGGUGGGCACCAACGUGCAGGCGCAGACCCCCCAGAGGGCCAGCAGCGUCCCCAGCUCGGACUCUCUGCAGACCCCGGUGUCGGGGGUGGCCCUGCAGCCGGGGCAGCAGAAGGAGGGGGAUCAGAGUCAGCAGUCACAGCAGCAGCAGCAGCAGAUCCUGAUCCAGCCGCAGCUGGUGCAAGGAGGGCAGACAAUCCAAGCCCUCCAGACCACCCCGCUGUCCGGCCAGACCUUUGCCACUCAAGCCAUCUCCCAAGACACCUUGCAGAACCUGCAGCUCCAAGCCGUGCCCAACUCGGGGCCCAUCAUCAUCCGCACGCCCACGGUGGGUCCCAACGGGCAGGUGAGCUGGCAGACCAUCCAGCUGCAGAACCUGCAGGUGCAGAACCCCCAGGCGCAGACAAUCACGCUGGCCCCCAUGCAGGGCGUGUCGCUGGGCCAGACGGGCAGCACCAGCACCACGCUGACCCCCAUCGCCUCCCUGCCCAGCGGCACCGUCACCGUCAACGCCGCCCAGCUCUCCUCCGUGCCGGGCCUCCAGACUAUUAACCUCAGUGCCUUGGGAGCAUCCGGGAUCCAGGUGCACCAGCUGCAGGGGCUGCCCCUGGCCAUCGCCAACGCCCCCGGUGAGUGCUCGGCUCCCCGGGAAGGAGAAACGCUGGGCACGGCUGGGCUGGGCUGGGCGUGGUUGGUGUCAAAUGGUGUUGGUGGUCAGGGUGAGGCUUGUGCCGACCCUGGGGAAGGAGUGUGUUGAUCGCCAGAAGACGCUAAAGAUCUUUUUGGGGAGUUUAAAGUCUUGGAAAGAAAGGGAGGAGGUGGCUGUGUGGGGGGGAAAGUGGAGAAGAAAAGGGACACCUGGUUUUGUGUCACUGUCCUGCUUUGGAGGCCACCCAGGAGUCUCGGGUCAGGACUGGGCUGAGAACCCAAGUGUAGCUGGGCUCCUUGGCUGAGCCUGUAAGGAGUCAUGGCCAUAAAACACAGGGAUUAACUGAAAAGCCCAAGAAAACAAACAGAGUCACGGAGCCGCGGGGAAUUUCCUCCCAGGGGCGGAAGGAAGGGCUCAUUAAGUGUCUGGGUGCUGGCGCGGGACAGCGUGACCUCAGCGUGGCCCAGCCGGUCCCGUGGGCACGGGCACCCUGCUCGGACCCCCAGGGACCCACCCCACCGUGUCCCACAGCCUGGGAAAAGCAGGACAUGGAACGUGGGAGCUGAGCUGGAGCCUGCUCAGCUCCUGCCAUGGAAGGGAUCAGCCCUGGGAACAUUCCCCGCUUGCUUUUCCACUGUUUUCCUUGGGGUUUUUUUUUGGUUUUUUUUUUUUUUUGUGUGUGUGUUCUGGCUCUGGCUAAAAGGGGCUGUUGCUGGAUUUAGUCACAGUUGAGAGGCAGCAGAAAAUGUUGCUCAAUCCAACCCGAGCUUCCCUCUCGCGAGAGGCGGCGGCUGCUGCUCCCCCGGGCUUGUUUUGCAGCAUUAUUUUGGGCUGUUGCUACAGCAGCUUGGCUCGCAGGCCAGCCACGGGUCACUCUAGCCUCGGGAUUAGCCUGAUCCUUGGAUUUCCCCGAGCCCAGGGACCCACAGGCAGGGGGUGACACCCAGGGGACACUGUGUUCGCCUGGGUGACCCGUGGGGCGUGCAGGGUCCCCUCGGUGCCAUCCCCGUGCCAAGGGUGGCUCCUGCCCGGCCAGGGCUCCAUCCUCGGUGCUCCCAGCUCUUUCCAGGCUCGUUCCUCGGUGUUCCCGGGCUCCUUCCUUGUUUUGAAGGCGCUGGAGAAAGGCAUGGGCGAGCCCAGUUCCUGUAUUCGUGCCUGGCUCUGCCCUCGGAGGUGGAACGUUCUAGAGACCACCCAUGCAACCGCCUCCUCCUCCUCCUCUUUCUCCUCCUCCUCCUCCUCUCCUUUUUUUUUUAGCUCAGCAGCUCUCAGCUCUUGAUCUGCCGUGGAGAAUUCCCGGCCAGCAGCGGCAGCAGCAGCAGCAGUGGGGCCUCCUGGCUCUGUCCCCAGCCCCGAGUGACGCUGGCACUGUCACUGUGACACGGGGACAUUUUUAAAGAAAAGCCAGAGCAGGGUUCAAAGGGGUUUUUUUUUGGGAGCCCCAGCUCGGUGGGAUGGUCCAGGAGGCUCCUGGGAUGAAAUGGGGAAGCUGUGGCCAGCUCGGAGCUUCCUGGCUCCCAUCCAGGGGCAGGGUUUGACUCCAGCUUUUCUCUGGCCGUGUCCCUCAGACGUGGCAAUGGGUCCCUUUGUCCCCCCCCAGCCACCACCAGCCCCUCUCCAAGGGGUGCUGAGCCCCCCCAGGCCUGUGUC